ACACUCUUUUUCCGCAUAGCAUUUCACACUGUGACAGAGCCUGUGUGCGAGAGAGAAAGAAGAAUGGAGAAGUCCAGGAAAAAAUUUGCUGAUAUCAUAGAUAAGGCAAUGGCUGCUGCUAAUACAAUGGAUCGUGAUGAACUGCUUUUUUCUUACAAGGGGAUUCUCUACCCUGCUACUUUUUGCAGUCCUGAAGUAUUCAGAGCCAUGGAGUCCCUUGAAGCCAGACGUGAUGAUAUCAUUUUGGCAGGAUACCCUAAAUCUGGCACAAACUGGGUAGGUCAAAUCUUAAAUGAUCUGUUAGUCAUAUUUGAAAAGAAAACACAGAAUAAAGAAAGCAGCGUGAAUGAUGAAGAGCUAGAAGAAUUCCCCUACCUUGAAAUUGGAGAUACUGGGAAAUAUGAGCGAAUGAACAAAUUACCUUCUCGAAGAGUUAUAUUUACUCAUCUUCUUCCUGAAAAUCUUCCAAGGUCUAUCUUCAAAAAUAAAGCCAAGAUAUUGUUGCUGAUUCGCAAUCCAAAGGAUGUAGCUACAUCUUUUUACCAUUUUACCAACAGCAUGUCUCCUCUUCCCUCCUAUGAGACCUGGGAUGAUUUCUUCGUAGCUUUCAUGACGAAGAAAAUGCCCUGGGGAUGCUAUUUUGAAUACCUUUCCAAAUGGAACAAAUAUGCUGCUGAUGAAAAUGUUAUGACAAUAACUUAUGAAGAGCUAAAAGAGAAUCCGGUCCUGGGUGUCAAAAACAUAGCUGCUUUCUUUGGGAUUUCCUUGACUGAGAAAGAGCUUCAGAGCGUGGUAGAGAGGAGCAGCUUCCAGUCAAUGAAGAAGAACUCUCAGAAGACCCACGGGGCAUUUGGCAAUAUUCUCUUUCGCAAAGGUGGUGUAAGUGACUGGAAGAAUCUUUUCAGUGAAGAUCAUAAUGAGAAAAUGGACAAAGCAUUUGAAGAACACGUAGGAGGAACUAAAUUGGGAACAAAGUUAAAGUAUGAAUUGUACUGUAAAGUCUGAAGAGUAAUGAAAUGUGGUUACAGCAAGAGCUUUCCAAUGCAUUCUCAGAUCACCUGAAUGCUUUAUGCUAGAAAACUAGAUCAAAUGAUCCAAGUUUCUUAGAAUUACUGUAAUAAUCACAUUGCAGUGGCCUUUACAGUAACAAAGAUGAAUAGCAGACUUCUGUUUUAAAGGUGGUAUCUUUGGCUUGCUGUGUUUACACUUAUUUGCUCAAUAAAAUGGCAACUAAACAUAUUCAGAUAAACUUAACAGCCCUGUUUCAGUAGCUGUCACUUGGAAGGAAAUGCCUCUUUUCUAUUUCUAGCCAAACACAGUCUUUCUAUGCUACUUAUAAAUAUUUACUGUGUAGAUUUAUUUUUUUUUUGCAAACAUGUUUCAAAUAGGCAACAUCUUCAAAGAAAAGACCACUAGCAAAAAUAUGGAUCUGACACAACCUUAAUUAACGACAAAGGAUAUCUUCCCCAUGACUUCAGCACAAACUGGAUCAAAGCUAGAGGGAGGAGAAUGAAGGGGGAUGGUGAUCAGCGUACUUAGGGACUUUAAUCUCUCUGAAUGCAGAAUUUCAAGAUGGAUUUCAGAUUAUGAUCUGGUGUUAACAAGCAAGACCCACUCAGAGGCACUGCUUUUAUAGAAUCAUAGAACAGCCCAGGUUGGAAGGGACCUUGAAAGAUCAUCUGGUCCAACCUUCUUCUAAAGCUGAUUAAUUCUGCAUGGACAUUUAGAAAUGCAGAGCUUUGCAAAGAAAUAGGAAUGCUAGAAAUAAUACUUUAAAAAUGUGAAAAAAUGAAUGGAUUCAAAAGCAAAGCAUCUGAAAGUCCUGACACAAACCAUCUUUGAACAACUAGAAAUUACCUGUAAGAAUCCAGAAAGGUACCAGAUGAUUGGAGAAGGACAUACAUAAUAGCUAUGUUUAAAAAUGUGUGAAAGAAGUAUCCAAAUAGAGCAGUCACCUUAACUUGAUUCCUGGAAAUUUACUAGCCAAAAUGACCUAACAACCAACCAUGAAACAUUGUGAGGAUAAUAAGGUGGUAAGGAUAAACCAUGUCAAAGCCAUUUGUGUUCCUUCUUUAAAAGAUAACUCACCUCUUGAAUAAGGCAUAGACAGAUGAUACAAUAGAUGACAGCAUCAGAGAGGUUCUGGAAUUGUAUGACAAAAGAGGCACAAUCUGUAUCAACAAAUUUAUGGCUUCAUAUGUGGGGAUGGCAACUUACAAAUGUGGUUACAGAAAUUAAAUUAAAGUGCUGAAAGUAGAUUUGCAUUCCUAGAAAUUCAUACAACAUCGACAAAAGGCAUCCAGAAGCAGGGUCAUCAGCAGCAAUGCUUGCAGGAAUAUCCACUUGUUUACAUGUCUGUUAUGAAGUUGGUUGCAAUAGUGUGCUCAUGGUCAGACUGCAUAUACUGGAUGACAGCAAAAUUGGGAGAAAAAUUAAAGCAAUAUCCUUUAAUGGUGAGUCCUGG